AUGUGCCUCUCCAGCGAUCGUCGUACCAUUCGUGUUGCGGACUCUAUACCAGUUGGUGAGUCCGUUCAAGUAUCCAUACUAGCUGAACCCUUCGUUGUUUUUCACGUCCGAGAUGGUGAGUACUACGCUAUACAGAACCCCUGUGUUGCGUGCUUCUCGCCCUCCACGUUCUGUGGUCAGCCAGUUGACCUGGAGACCCUCACAGUGAAGUGCGCCAAGGGUGGGCAUGCUGUGAGCUUGAAAGACGGCUCGAUGCUCGAGGGUGGACUGGGGCAAAUUUCGGCUAAGGCCUUCGCCGUUGAAGGAGACGGAGUAUACGUAGAAGUUCCCGAGGCCUUGGCUGACUGGGCUCAAUGGACCCUCGCUGAUCGAAGGAACGUCGCCAAGGACGUUGAUGCUUUCGUCUUCGAUGUCCCGAAGGGUAUUCGCCGAGAAGAGAUGCUCCGCGGGGACGGCAUCGUGCAUGUAUCAAGCAAGAUCGUCGUUGAUGGUAUCUCAUCGUGUGUGCGAGACUAUACCCCCACCCGUCUACUUCCGGGAAACAGAGUUGAGAUUCUCGUCAAGAACUACCCAGUGCAUGGCAUCAUGUCAAAGCACUAUCAUAGCUUGAAGAUUGGUGACCAGCUGGUUCACAGAGUUAACCCCAAAAUGACGUUUAAUCUGUCUAAACUGACAGGAGAAGGGAAACUGAAGAAGCUAGUCAUGGUUGGUGCCGGCUCCGGCAUCACUCCAAUGCAUCAAGUCCUUUCUUCCAAGGCUGUUGAAAAAAUCGACAAAGUGUUGGUCAUGGGUUUCUUCCGAGAUGAGAAGGACAUUAUUGAGUUUCCUGGAUCCGAGAUUCCAGCCAAUGUGAAGAUACAGACGUGCAUCACCCAGCCGACUGGUUGCCCUACUGCUUUGAAGCAAUGCUUGGAUGAUGAGUCCCUACCCAAGGGUGAUGGUUCCAAGUCCAUGUAUAUCGUUUGGUCCGGGCCAAGAGGGUUCAAUUCUACUAUUGAUAGAGAGCUCGAAAGUCGGAACUUCCACGGUUUCGAUGAAGAUUGCCUCGUCGAGCUCCCCAAUUAA